AGUCACUCGUUCGUCGUACCGGCCGGUACGAGUUACUCGUAGCCACACGAUACGGUCCCGUGUCCCGUACGUUACUUUUUUUCCUAUUCGUACGUACAUAUGUACGUAACAUACCAUUCGCUGCUGUAAUGCACUCAUUCUACUGCUAAGGUUCCGAUUGCGAUUUCCAAUUUCCAAUUUCCAAUACAUCAAGGCCUUUCUGCCCCUCUCUGAAACUCCCAUGCGUUGUUUAUGUUUCAUCCGAAGAAWGCGCUUGAUUUCUGAUCUUUGAUACCGUAGUAUCGAAACAAAAACUAUCUUGAAUCACUCAUGAAAGAAUACAAUGGCCGAGCUCAAGUUGAUCAAAACGCUCUGGGGAAUUGAUGAUCCGGUGUCCCCGGAACUCUUUCGGUCCAUCCGCGACGAAGGAUACUUCGGGGUCGAGGUCAUACGGCUGUGCUGGAUUGACGAAAAGAGCGCGGACGUCCUUGUCGAGUCUCUUAACGAGGCAGGCCUAGGAUGUGUGGCACAGAUCCAUACGGCAGGUGGGUACAUCGAUCCGGUCACCGGACAAUAUGUCUACUGCGGCGCCUACGACGUGUCGGUACACCAGGACGACUUUUGCAAACAGCUGAAGGAAUGCAGGGCUCUCUUCGACCGCGUGGACAAGCAAUGUUUCGUGAACGUCCAUGCCGGUGUCGAUGCAUGGUCCAGCGACGAAGCGGUCCAAUUUCUCGGCUUUUGCCUGGACGAAAUCGAGCAAGCAAGGGCUUCCUCACCCAAUCUCACCGUUACGUUCGAAACCCAUCGGCAGCGCCUUUUCGGAAGUCCUUUUCAGACCCGAGACCUGUUGGCCCUCCCGGAACUUGCGGAAUCGAAGCACCUGAGGCUCAACGCCGAUCUCUCACACUGGUAUUGUGCGUGCGAACGGGUCUUCAAUCCCAGCGAGGAGGACCGGGACCGGUGGUGGCCGGGCGUCCUGGCAUCGAUAUCGCCGCGGUGCGAGUACAUUCACGCUCGGUUUGGAUGGGCCCAGGGACCCCAGAUGGCCGAUCCGUCCGCACCCGAAUGCGAGCAGGACCGCAAGCUUCAGAUUGAUAUCUGGAAGGAGCUCGUAAAAGCACAAUUGGAGCCGACCCACAUGAGUGGUGGUGGUCCCCGGGACGUAUUUGUAUCGCCCGAGUACGGACCGGCACCGUAUCUGACCGCGGCACCUCACACGCAAMAGCCAAUAGCAUCCCUGCCUGGUGCUGUCUUGUACACAAAGGGCAUCAUUGAAGAWUUGUUUUUGGAUUGUAMUAAAUGAUCACAAUGACUGCUUUAUUUCAUAAGGGUCGCSCAAGGGUCGCGCAAGGAUAGGAUUCCUGARAUCAAAGAAUACUACURGACUAGAUUGGAAUUUUCAUCCAAAAGUGUUUGAAGGUGCCCUAUUUGUAGAAGUGCAGUAUAGCCAAAUACAGUAUCAUUGCCCUGGCUUUCGCACCAGGACUAAGCUCAGAGGGUUACUAGAGGACGAUACUGGAAUUUUACAAACCUAAGC